CUCCAUCGUUGCUUUAAUUAGACACGGAACGCAGGGAAUUUGGAAUCGACAUUGAAGAUAUCAAGGGCCACGAUCUGCACUCGUGCCCUAAAUCUUUCUUGUACUUUUUCCACACAGCCCUCAGUUGCAGCCAACGCCUUGCAACAUCAUCCGAGCUACAUCACCCCUCUCCCAUCAAAUCACAUUUUUAUUCUCAUCCCUCAUUUUUCUCGCAACCAUUAGAGAUCCGAAUAGUUCACGUUGUCGGAAGAGCUACACCUGUAAUCCAGCCUUUUCACAUGGUGGCCAGUAAGGCUUGCCUGCAUCAUGGGGAGAAUUGACAAGGUGCCGGGCCCCAAGCAUGAGCCUACAAAGUCCGUGGCCUUGCGGCGCUUCGCCGAAUCGGCUGCUGAAAUUCCGGUUCCAGAACUUCCAUCACUCCUGUCCCAAUUCCCGCGCAGAUGGCCGUUCCCAAGAGGCGAUCUUUACAACUGGAUCCCCAUCCUGAAUCGGUUUGAUGACAUCCUGGCUCGGCUUAUCAGUAAAUACGACCUUGACCUUGGCCCACAGACGAAGCCUUUUGGUCGGCUGUUCCUGGUUGAUGAGUUGCUUGCUGGUAAUGCAUCGUUAAAAGGAGAAGAAUGUCAAACGAAACUGGAUGCGUUUGGCUUUGGCCGUGAGGGCGACAGAGAGCUGGUGGAGUCGAUAUUAGAUUUUUCCCGGCUCCUUCUGGAGAAAUGCGGAAAUCGAAGCUUGUUUAAUAGUAGUGAGCGGUUGAACGCCUUGCUCAAUACAUCUUCGCUUUCUUUGCUUCAGUGUACUCUGCGCCUUGGCGUAUGCCUUGCUCAACGGUACUACUCCAGGCAUCGAGCGACAAAUAGUUCGCAUUUCCAUCAGUCGCUCUUAGCAACACAUUACAAUAUCGAACUUGAACGCGUCCAGAAGCUUGCAGCGCCGUUUCCUCGUCCACCGUUAUUGGCGAAGCCUAACGAUGCCCACGUCACCGGGAAGGGAAAAGAGAAAGCAAAACCUCUUUCGACGUCCCCUGGUAAUUGCAAUGCGAAUAAUCUGAUCAGUUUAACCAGCACAGAUACAACCAAGAAAGUUGAAACUGAUAUUCUCCUUGACAAUGGGGCUGGCACAAAUGAUUGGGAAGACUGGGGCAACGUUCGCGUGUCAUAUUACCCUCGAGAUGUGGAGCCUAGCAAAGAACCGUCUGCACCAGUGAUAAGCCACAGCCAUACCGCCCAGGUUCCCACGACGCCUACUCCCGUUCGUCGACAUUCUGUGCACCCCGGCUCCCGGCCUGGUCGUGACUCCUCCCUUGACGACUCACCAUCCGUUGUUACCCCAUCUCCGGCCGUCAAGUCCGAUGAGGCUGCGCGAGGAAUGACUGUAUUAGAAAUACCAAACUCUGAGAUACUGUCUCGUGGCAUAGAAGAGGUUGUGAAUGAAUAUGCUACAAAGGUCCCAAAGGAGUCCAAAUACGAGCUAUUGAACCGGGUGCGUACCGCCUACGCACUCGCCAAAUCCUUUGAGACAAGGCAGCAGAUACUUGCUAUCAGGGUCCUUGCACUCACGAACCUCGCAUACGUAUACCCGGAAGCUGUAUUUCAGCAAAAGAUUCUCUUACAAGACUCGGACGAGCCAAAGCGGCUUCAACUUGCUUAUCAACUUGCUGAGUUCGUGCACCUCGGCGUAGCGGGUGAUAUCAGUGCUUCUAUUCCCAACCAGACUUUUGCGCUUGCUUGUCUUGACGCACUUGCGAGACAUAAGUCUAAGGCAGCGGAUGUUUGUACUGCACUUAAUGUUAAUGUGAACCACGGAAUCUUGAUGUUUAUCAUUCGAAAGACGGUUGCCGAUCUUGGCACUCCCGAUGAUGAUGAUAGUUUCGAUAAUGAUGAUUGGCGAGAAUCUCUGUUUUCCCUGCUCCGUACGCUCCCUAAUUCCGGUGCGAGGACGCCUGAGACCCUUGUUUCGGCAGGCUUGAUACCAAUGCUGGUUGAUGUGCUCAAUCUUCGAACUGAGAAGGCUCGAAGGGUCUACCCACGUGUGAUGGAGUUUCUCGAUACUUACGUUCACCCAGUCCGGGACGCUUUAGCCACCUUAGCUUCAGCCCGUGGGUUUGAUGCUCUGUCCGGCCUCAUUUCCUGGGAAUCUAAAUCCGCUUUCGAGCUCGUUAAGGAAGGGAAAGGGAUUCCGGAUGAACAUAAGAAUGCGUACACUGACUACCAAAUACCAUACUUCCACCAGCAAUCUUUGCGAUGGCUUCUCAAGUUUGUGAACCAUGUUAUGCAACACAAUACCGGUGGAUUUGAACGGUUAUUACGAAACCUAAUCGAUUCUCCUCCAUUGCUUGAAGGACUUCGUCUGGUUCUUGAGAAUGCUGUGGUAUUCGGUUCUCAUGUGUGGAGCGGCGUUGUGAACGUCAUGAGCAACUUCAUCCAUAACGAACCAACCAGUUACGCGGUUAUCGCGGAAGCUGGGUUGAGCAAAUCGUUGUUAGAGGCGGUAAUGGCGGGACCGAUUGAAACUGCUCCUAGCGGCACAGAAAACGAUAAGUUGCCGAAUUUGUUCAUUCCCUCUAAUCCUGAUACGGACCCCAAAUCCCUUGUGGCCCAGAUCCUCGCUUCACCCCAGCAUAAAGGAUCUGAUGGCAUUUUACCUUCUUCAGAGGCUAUUGUAUGUAUUCCAGUGGCGUUCGGGGCGAUUUGCUUGAAUUCAACUGGCCUGGAACUUUUUGGAUCUUCAGAUGCUCUAGAGCGCUUCUUCGACAUUUUUGAAAGCCCUGAGCAUGUGAAGUGCAUGAGACACGAUUCAAAUUUACUACGGGCUUUGGGCAAUUCGUUCGACGAGCUUAUUAGGCAUCAUCCCCGUUUAAAGAAGGCGGUAACAAGCGCGAUUGUUCGUCUGGUUGCUCGCAUCCGAAUUCUCGUGUCUUCCAAAGCUUGGCAGCAUGGAUUAGGAGCGAAGUUAUGGACUCAAGAUGACAAGCGGAACAUGUCUAUCCUCGGUGGGCCAGCGUCUGCUGUUACUGAGCCUGGCGCAUCAUUCACUGAAGACUUCGAGUUACUACAAAAGUCUCCCGUUCCUAGCCUGACUGAUGGAGGAGUUUCUAUAAACGGCCUGCCUCCACGACAAUAUUCGGAUGUUUUUGGUUCUCCAGAUGUCGCUAAAUGGAUUUUGGACAAUGCUGCCGACCCCGAUGGUCUCGAUGUCGCUGACUAUCUUUUCACUACCGUGAGAUUUCUGGCAGGAUUUUUUGAGAAUCAAAACAUGUGCUCUAAUUUCAUUGAAUUCGGUGGUGUGGAAUACGUUCUCGAUUUGGCAACCCUACCAAGUGUGCCACAUACAUUCCACACUACUGAAGCAAGUCGCUACUUGUCGCAGGUUAUCAAGGUAAUGGCUGAGACGAAGCCUCAUCUUGUCGUGCCUUCGGUGGUCAAGCGAACUCAAAAGGUGCUUGAUAGACUGGGGCCUUUCUUUGAAACGUGGCACACGCAUGGCUUCUUCACCCCUGUUACUUGCUCGACUCCGACGAGCGAACCGGAUGUCCACGAUGUGAAGCUGAAAGGCACAUAUUUCGUGAAACAUCUUGUUGCAGUUGUGACACUGACAGAUGUUCUGCGCGAAAUGUACGGACCACAUUUGUACCCUGUUCGACCCAGUCAACAAGUUUCUCCUUUUGUCCAAGUUAAUCUAGCGGAUAAGUAUGCCAAGCUCGUUCAAAGCUUGGGUAGUUUGCAGGCGGCUUGUGUGUGGGAGGAGAUAUUAUUGCAAAAAAAUGAGCCGCCCGAAUGGAAAAGUUUGCCCAGAUCAAGCGGUUUUGGCCUUGCAGACACAAAUAUUGUUCAUCCUACAAUACAAUCGGCACCUACUGGAAUUAAUACGGAUUCCUCUGCUCUUGAUGAAGCAUCAAAAGCCACUGAUAGUUCCAUAAAUUGGGCAGCACUCCGGAAUACUGACGUCCUCCGCUACUUGACUAGCACCUUGCCUUUAUCCGUCACAGGAUUUCAUCACGUUUUGGGCCAUGGUCUUACGAGUAAGCGGCGCAUGGAUACCUAUCAGCGACAGAGGGCUACCAAAGUUGCCGAGGCCUUGGCCUUAAUGGUCGUGGAUCAAUUACAGCAAGCUUGCGAUUCAAAUCCUAAAGAUCGUUUCUCCUAUCUAAUUGUUAUUUUAUCGGCAUUUUCCCAAUUAUUAUUUGAGACGAGCGAUCGCCCCCACUCACAUUGUCUCACUAUCGUUCUCAACGCCUUUAAGAAGAUAGGAGGUAUACGGACGUUGAGUGACUUGGCUGAUCUUUUCUUGGAUGAAAUCAAGACCCUGUCUCUCCAGGCUAGAGGGAAUUCUUCCCCCGAAUUGGCGUCCCGGUUGGCCGCAGCUUGUGGCUGUAUCAAACUUAUCUUGACCUUCUUCUCUGAGACGACGUCGGCGCGAUAUAUUAUCGAUUCUAGCCAGACACAAGCUAUGGCAGCUGAACAGCACAGGGAUCGCCCUGAUGCCUUCGUGCCGUCUCAAUUUUUGGUAGAGCUGAGAAUGGAAGCCUUGCCUUUGGUUCAACGAAUGUGGGAAUCCGACUUUAUCGAAGAUGCGUCCAGUUCGAUGGUGAAGGCGUUGAUUGAGAUUCUUCGGUCAGUAUUAGAAGGAGAAUAUGAAAGCGGAGCGCACCACCGUGGCGAUGUUCCCCCCUUGGCUGGCUCACCCACUCCGAGAACAUUCUUUUUCCAUAGAGACCGCCUUAGUUCUUUAACGGAGAAAGGGUAUGAUGAGAACCUUGCAAAAGAAGCAUUGUAUCGUUGCAAUAAUUCUUCAUCUUCUGCAGAGGAGUAUUGUUCAGCCCAUAAAGGGCUCAGACCUCCACCGAGACUCCCAGUGCCCUCCUCUGAUAUUGAGCCGACCUCGAGAGUCAGCAACACCCCUCCGACCGAGAGUCUAUUCGGUACUCCUGCACCAAAUCAAGCUCAGCGUUCUGAUGGGUCCGCCACGGCCACCCCAUUCAGCCAGGCUUUCGAAGGCCACAUCGAGGCUUUGCUCGACGAAAUCCAGGCUGCACCCCUUGAUGCAUUCCCUUCUGCAGCACGGGCUAGUGACAGUGCUAAUACGGAAGCCACCUCAUUGAAUCAAAGCACUGCCAAUACGACAGCAUUGCAAACUACGAGAAGAACGUCCACCCCAAAGCGGCGAGACGUAGUCACCGUUGAGGAUUUGGAUGAGGAGCGUGACAAGGUCCGCACCAAUUUGAUCGAAAGAUGUCUCGAAGUUCUCAAUCUGCAUCACGACGUCACUUUCGAACUCGCUGACCUGAUUAACUCUGCCGCUAAACUCCGGGAUGGAGCUACGUUCCGCAAAGAAAUCGGGGAAACGUUGAUACAUUCUUUAAUAUCACUGCAGAUGGAUGAGAAUUUCCAGUCAGGAGGCAAAAAGAUAGCGGCCUAUGCUAAUUUGCUUGCCUUGGUCCUUCAAGAAAAGAGCGUGUAUGAUGCUACAUUAGAGCACCUGAGAGAAAACUUUUCUCUCCUUCUUGGGUUCAUCACCAUUCCUAAACCCCAGUCAGACAAGUCCACCGGUGAAUCUUGCCCGUGGAUUGCCCAGGUCCUCUUGAUAUUAGAGAGAAUUCUGUCUGACGACGAGCAACCGGACCAAAUUACGUGGACAUCCCCAAAUUCGGAUAAUGUUUCAGACUCCCCAGCCGAGCUGCAGGAGCCAAUUAUUGAAAUUGAAGCCAAAGUACAGCUCUUCGAUGCUGUUGUGGAAAUUCUUCCUAGAAUUGGAAAAGAUGAGACUUUGGCUUUAUCUGUUUGUCGAAUCUUUGUCAUUUUAACCCGACAUCGAGAUAUUGCUGUGCGCUUAGGAGAAAAGAAAAACCUGCAGCGGUUGUUUGUCAUGAUCAAGCAACUUGCCGACUCCUCAAAUGAUAGAUUGCAGAGCAGCUUUAUGCUAAUUCUGCGUCACAUCAUUGAAGAUGAUGACACAAUUCGGCAAAUCAUGAAAAAUGAGAUCGUGGCAAGCUUUGAUGCUAGAUCUCCUCGUCAAACGGACACGACCGGUUAUAUUCGACAAUUCUAUCAAUUAGCGCUGAGAUCUCCAAAGAUUUUCGUCGAGGCUACCAAUGAAAAACUGAAGUUGCAAAGAUACGAUCCUCAACAAAGACAGCAAGUCCUCACUUUGAAGGUUGAAAGGAGUGACAAGGAGCCACUGCAACCUGGCAUUGCACCCGGUGAGGAGUCCAAGGAGCCAAACAAGGCAGAGACAUCUGAAGGACCAAGCCGAGAAACGGAACGUGGAGAGCAUGGCGAUACCAAAGGCAAGCAAAAGGUCGAACUGAAGCCUCCAGUCGUGGAGCAUCCGGAUGGCGUGAUUCACUACCUGCUUUCUGAAUUGCUCUCCUACCGAGAUGUUGAUGACAAAGAAGUCACAAGCACCUCAGAAAACACCGGAUAUCAAUCGGAGGAUGUGGAGAUGAUUACUGCAGACGUAUCUUCAGCCUGCUCAACUCCCCCGCCACGAGAACCGAUCCCUAAGAAGUCAGAGAAACCGCAGUUCAAAUCCGAAGACCAUCCCAUCUAUAUCUAUCGAUGCUUCCUGCUUCAAUGUCUGACGGAACUUCUCUCCUCGUACAACCGCACCAAAGUUGAAUUCAUUAAUUUCUCGCGCAAGGCCGAUCCUCUUGCCACUACGCCUUCCAAACCGCGCUCUGGUAUCCUCAAUUAUUUACUUUACUUCCUUAUUCCCGUCGGGACUUUAGAACACGACGAAUCCAUAUCGUUCAAGAAGAGAGUAAAUACGUCGCAUUGGGCCAUGCGGGUUAUUGUCGCCCUGUGUUCCAAGACUGGUGAAUUUGGUGGAUCAAAGCGACGUCCUACUAUGGAUGAAGAAGAGGAAACAGAUUUGAUGUUUGUGCGAAAAUUCGUUCUCGAGCAUGCUCUAAAGUGUUACAAGGAAGCCAAUUCGUCUCAAGAGCCGCUUGACGUCAAAUAUGCCCGGCUUAUGUGCCUAGCCGACCUUUUUGACAAGAUGUUGAGUGGAGCAACAAAUACGGACGGCUCUGCGCAUUAUCCUUCAUCCACUCGCUAUAUUGCGAAGAUGAUGUUCGAGAAGAACUUUAUGUCUGCAUUCACUUCUUCGGUUGCCGAUAUAGACUUAAACUUUCCAUCGUCUAAGAGAGCUGUCAAGUACAUUCUUCGCCCGCUGAAUAAGCUUACGCAGACUGCAGUGUUGCUCAGCGAAGCUGCUAGUAUUGCUGGCGUCGGUGCCCCGGGUGUAGCCGAUGAAGACGAGAUCUCUUCUGCAACUUCCGUGUCAGAUAUCGAUGAUGAUAGAGAAGAGACUCCAGAUUUAUUCCGUCAUUCAACUCUUGGAAUGUUUGAACCAGACCACGAGGAAGAGACGCCCUCUGAGGAGGAAGAAGACGAGGACGAAAUGUACGACGAUGAGUAUGACGAAGAAAUGGACUAUGAAGAAGAUAUGCCAGAAAAUGAUGGCGAAGUGGUCAGCGAAGACGAGGACCUUGACGGACGCGGUCCGAUCGAAGGCUUGCCGGGCGAUACCCCCAUGGAUAUUGAAGUCCUUAUCGAGAGCGAUGAAGAUGAGGAUGACGAGGACGACGAUGAAGAUGACGAUGAAGACGACAGCGAAGAUGAGUCGGAUUUAGAUAACGAAAUAAUGGCCGGGGAGAUUACUGGGGAUCAUGAUAAUGACAGCCUUCACGGUGAUGAUGACGAGUGGGAGAGUGAAGAAAUGACCGAUGAUGAAGCAGAUGCCGAAAUCAUGGACCAACUAGAGGAUGACCUGGAAGAUAUCGCCCAAGGAGAUCGUCAUGGCGGGCCACCUCAUUUUGAUGAACUACUCCGUGUCCUUGAGGGUGGCGGCGCAACCGUCGAGCGGAUCGAAGACGAUAUUGGGCUUAGAGCUAAUUUACAUGAUGACAUGUUGGACGACGACGACAUGAAUGAAGAUGAGGACGAGGACGAAGAGAUAGACGAAUUAGAGGAAGAUGUCGACGACUACGACGAACAUGGCUAUCAUGGAUUUGACGAUGAGGAUGCGGACAUGAACUCACCUUGGGCAUGGGUUGAUGAGCUUGCCCAUACACGGACGCAACGAACACCGUGGAACAUUUUCGCCGGUGGCUUUGGUGGCCGCCAUGGAGGUACCCACAUUCCUAGUUUCCGGGCUCACCGAACAACAAUGGCGGCUCCUCGGAACGACGAUGGGACCAACCCACUACUGCGUCGCAAUGAUCGAGCAGCAGACCAGCCACCUAGCACCGAAGCUUUCAGCGAGUGGGUACAUGCAAUCGAUCCGGCUAGCCAGGGCAGAUUUUUGUCCGUCGAUAGUCCUGUUAGUUUUAUGAACGCAAUCCUACAGGUUAUUGGACAGGGAGGCCCUGGUUUCGGUGUCGUUACUCGACCAGACGGGUUCCACCUUCACAUCGAGCGUGACGCUUCUCUUCCCUCCCGCCUUCAAGAUAUGCUUGGCUUAGGCCGGCCUAGUGUGAGCACACGCCCUCGCGACGAUCCUAGUCAGGCAGUAACAUUCAAUAUCUCUACUACAACCACUCGCUGGCAAGAGGAAGCUCGUAUCCUAUUUGGGAAUAGCUAUGUUGACAAAGCUCUGCGGGUUCUAAACUCUAUUCACAAGCUCCUCGUCCCUCCUGCUAUUGAAGAAAGUAAACGUCUGAAAAAGCAGCUCGAGGAGGAAAUGAAGAGACGAGAGGAAGAACGGAAAGAAAACGAACGUCAGGAACGUAUCGCGAAGGAGGAAGCUGAAAAGGAACGCAAACGAAAGGAGGAAGAGGAAGAAGCUUUGAGACAACAAGAGGCAGAGCGUGCAGCGGAGAGUGCUCGCCAGGCAGCUGGGGGUGAACCCAUGGACGAUGUUCAGCCAACAGAGCUAAGUCAAGAAGCGCAGCAGCCGGAAGCUGAAGCAUCUGCUGCAGGCCCAUCUGAACCUACCCCUCGUGUGCAUACCACUAUUCGAGGUCGCCAGCUUGAUAUCACCGGCAUGGAUAUCGAUCCCGAGUUCCUUGAAGCUAUCCCUGAGGAGUUCCGUGAAGAGGUUAUCAUGCAACAGCUAGCAGAACAGAGAUCUCAUGCUGCUGCAGCGGGCGAAGAACCCAGUGAAAUUAACCCUGAAUUUUUAGAAGCGUUGCCUCCGGAAAUUCGUGAAGAGCUCUUGCAGCAAGAAGCCGCUGAUCGCCGUCGUCGUGAACGAGACGCUGCCCGUAGACAAGCUGCUGCUAAUGGAACACCACAUGCUGAGGAUAUGGAUCCGGCAAGCUUCCUUGCUACGCUAAACCCGUCUCUUCGGCAAACCGUGUUGGCCGACCAGCCCGAAGAGGUCCUAGCCGCUCUCGGUCCUGAGUUCGUUAGCGAAGCUCGCGCCCUUACCGGUCGACGCUUAGCACAAUUCGAUAUUGGUAGAAUGGACUCGCAGUCCAGAGCCGAGGCGUCGCAACAGGAUGAAAGUGCCAAGAAGCCGCAGCGACGUCAAAUUGUGCAGAUGCUUGACAAAGCCGGUGUUGCCACUCUUUUACGACUUAUGUUCAUGCCAUUACAAGGAAAUGCACGGCAUCAUCUCAAUGAUAUACUCCACAACGUCUGCCAGAAUCGACAGAAUAGGACAGAGGUUUUAAGUCUAUUGCUCCUCAUUUUGCAGGAUGGCAGCGCCGAUAUCUCAGCUGUUGAACGCAGUUUUGCUCAUUUGUCUCUCAGAGCGAAAACACCGACGACACAAAAGACUCCCCAACCUAAACGCACCAUCCCAUUGCCUACACCUGGCAAUGGUGAUGUUACUCCAUUGGUUGUGAUCCAACAGUGUCUUGGUGCAUUGUCGUUCCUUACACAAUAUAAUCCUCAUAUUGCCUGGUUCUUCCUCACCGAACACGACUCGCAUACAGCCCUUAAGUUCAAGUCAUUCCGCAAGGGUAAGUUUAAGGAGAAUAAGGCAAAUAAAUUCGCAUUGAACUCCUUGUUAUCCUUACUCGACCGUAAGGCAAUCCUCGACAGUCCUAAUUGCAUGGAGCAGCUCUCUGGGUUAUUGAGCAGUAUUACGCAGCCAUUGUCUAUUCUCCUCAAGAAAGAAAAGGAGAGACAAGAAGAAGAAGCUAAAGCGAAGGAAGCCGCAGCUGCCAAGGAGAAAGAGAAAGCAGAGGCUGCAGAUGAAACGGUUGAUACUGCAAUGCCUGACCCCGGACCAGUUGCCACUGAACAGAAGCCUGAAGAACCUGGCCAGGGCUCUUCCAAUGAAGGUCAACCGGAUUCAAAACAAAAGAAACAGCGUGUCAUUGAGCCCCCAGUCGUACCAGAACAUAACUUGCAGCUCGUGGUUCAUAUACUUGCUGCUCGAGAGUGCAACGGAAAAAUAUUUAGAGAAACAUUGUCAACUAUCAACAAUCUGUCAUCUGUCCCCGGGGCCAAGGAGGUCAUUGGCAGGGAGUUAGUACAGCAAGCGCAGACACUAAGCGAAUCCAUUCUGUCGGAUCUGAAUGAGCUCUUGCCGCACAUUACCCAAGCUAAGAGCGGAACUGAUGUCCAAGGCAUGGCUUUGUCAAAGUUCUCGCCGUCAAGUUCAGAUCAGGCUAAGCUCCUCCGGGUCCUUACUGCCCUCGAUUACUUAUUUGAUCCAGCCAGAGGUGAUAAAGAUAAGGGUUCCGAUCCCGAGUGCCCCGAGAAGGAAAAUGUUUUGAAGAACCUCUAUGAAAGUGCUACCUUUGGGCCUCUCUGGAACAAAUUGAGUGAAUGUCUCACCACUAUUCGUCAAAAAGAGAGCAUGCUGAAUGUGGCCACCACGUUACUCCCGCUCAUCGAGUCGUUAAUGGUUGUCUGCAAGAACACGACUCUCAGGGAUCUCCCACUCUCCAGACACGGACGAGAAUUCUCCAUUGCAAGCCCUCCGCCGGAUGCUGGAAUGGAGGGGCUGUUCUUCACAUUCACUGAGGAACAUCGAAAGAUUCUCAACGAGCUUGUUCGCCAAAACCCUCGACUCAUGAGUGGUACGUUUUCACUCCUCGUUAAGAACCCGAAAGUACUAGAGUUUGACAACAAGCGCAAUUACUUCAACCGUCGUAUUCAUUCUCGUGGGGCUGAGGCUCGACAUCCUCAUCCGCCGCUGCAACUAUCUGUUCGCAGAGACCAGGUUUUCCUUGAUUCCUUCAAAUCGUUAUACUUCAAAACAGCAGACGAGAUGAAGUACGGUAAACUUAGCGUCCGUUUCCACGGCGAAGAGGGCGUUGACGCUGGAGGCGUGACGAGAGAGUGGUUCCAAGUCCUCGCUCGUGGAAUGUUCAAUCCCAACUACGCUCUUUUUAUCCCCGUUGCGUCUGACCGCACGACAUUCCACCCUAACCGGCUCAGUGGGGUCAACCAGGAACACUUGAUGUUCUUCAAGUUUAUCGGGCGCAUUAUUGGCAAAGCCAUCUACGAAGGUCGAGUCCUAGACUGCCAUUUUAGCCGCGCCGUAUACAAGCGUAUUCUUGGGAAAUCGGUGUCUAUCAAGGACAUGGAAACCCUUGAUUUGGAUUAUUACAAGUCUCUACUCUGGAUGUUAGAGAACGAUAUCACCGACAUUCUCACCGAGAACUUUUCGGUUGAGGUCGAAGCUUUCGGCGAAAAGCAGGUUAUUGACUUGGUUGAGAACGGACGCAACAUUCCAGUCACUCAAGAAAACAAAGAGGAAUAUGUUCAGCUUGUUGUCGAGCACCGGUUGGUUGGAUCUGUUAAAGAGCAACUAGACAAUUUCUUAAAGGGCUUCCAUGAUAUUAUCCCCGCCGACCUUAUCUCCAUUUUCAAUGAACAAGAACUGGAGUUGCUGAUUUCCGGCCUACCCGAAAUUGAUGUCGACGAUUGGAAGAACAAUACCGACUACCACAACUACUCUGCGUCGUCUCCACAGAUCCAGUGGUUCUGGCGUGCUGUUCGCUCAUUCGACAAGGAAGAGCGUGCCAAGUUGCUUCAGUUUGUUACUGGAACUAGCAAAGUUCCGCUCAACGGUUUCCGGGAGCUUGAGGGCAUGAAUGGAUUUAGCAAGUUCAACAUCCAUCGUGACUAUGGUAACAAAGAUAGACUACCCAGCUCGCAUACUUGUUUCAACCAGCUUGAUCUACCGGAGUAUGAAAGCUACGAAACUCUCAGACAACGUCUCUACACAGCAAUGACUGCCGGCAGCGAGUAUUUCGGGUUCGCAUAAACUAGAGUGAUUGUAUUCCUUUACCGGUUCGUGAUUUACGGUUUGAUUCCUGGGCUGCAUUACCUACUCUAUUCCCUUUGCAUCUGGUGGCGCUGUCAAGUUCACGAUCUAUGUACUCUCAGAAUGGCAUGGUCUUUGAUUUUCUUUUUCUUUUUUUUUAAUUUGCUGGAAGGAUUGGGAAAAUCUGUAUUUAUGCUCCUUUUUUUUCUCUUUUCCACAGUGCUUGUUACGCUGUGACUUUGAGCUCUGGCGGCGUGUUGUUUGUUGAGAAAACAGUUGAAGUGCAGGUCAGCUGGGUUAUUUAGCAAGCAACAUUGCCUUCGCAGCUUCUGCAAUGCAGUGUCCGUAAUAGUUCUAGACUCAAAAGCAGCCUCUAUUCUGUCCUUGUA